AGGGCCACGCUGUCCCCCACUUGGAAGCAGCUUUUUGGCUCCUCCAGAGUCUGUCAGUUUCGGCUCCUCGCCUUCACUCCAGCCUCCAACAUGUCCGUGAGGGUGACCCAGAAGACCUACAAGAUGUCCACCUCUGGUCCUCGGGCCUUCAGCAGCCGCUCGUACUCGAGUGCUCCCGGUUCCCGUAUCAGCUCCUCGGCCUUUUCCCGGGUGGGCAGCUACCGGGCUGGCCUAGGCAUCAACAUGAACCUGGCUGGGGGUUACGGCGGAGCUGGAGGUGCGGGGAACAUCACAGCAGUCCAAGUGAACCAGAGCUUGCUGAGCCCCCUGAAGCUGGAGGUGGACCCCAACAUCCAGGCCGUGCGCACCCAGGAGAAGGAGCAGAUCAAGACCCUCAACAACAAGUUUGCUAACUUCAUCGACAAGGUACGGAGCCUGGAGCAGCAAAACAAGAUUCUGGAGACCAAGUGGAACUUUCUGCAGCAGCAGAAGACGAUUCGCAGCAACAUGGACAACAUGUUUGAGAGCUACAUCAACAACCUUCGACGGCAGCUGGACACGCUGGCCCAGGAGAAACUGAGGCUAGAGGCAGAGUGUGGCAACAUGCAGGGGCUGGUGGAAGACUUGAAGAAUAAGUAUGAGGAUGAGAUCAACAAGCGCACAGAGAUGGAGAAUGAAUUUGUCCUUAUCAAGAAGGAUGUGGAUGAAGCUUACAUGAACAAGGUAGAGCUGGAGUCUCGCCUGGAAGGGCUAACCGAUGAGAUCAACUUCUAUAGGCAGCUGUAUGAAGAGGAGAUCCGUGAGCUGCAGGCCCAGAUCUCUGACACGUCCGUGGUGCUGUCCAUGGACAACAACCGCUCCCUGGACCUAGAUGGCAUCAUCGCCGAGGUCAAGGCCCAGUACGAGGACAUCGCCAACCGUAGCCGGGCUGAGGCUGAGACCAUGUACCAGAUCAAGUAUGAGGAGCUGCAGACGUUGGCUGGGAAGCAUGGAGAUGACCUGCGUCGCACAAAGACAGAGAUUUCUGAGAUGAACCGGAACAUCAGCCGACUCCAGGCUGAAAUCGAGGCCCUCAAAGGCCAGAGGGCUUCCCUGGAGGCCGCCAUCGCUGAUGCCGAGCAGCGUGGGGAGCUGGCCCUCAAGGAUGCUCAGGCCAAGGUGGCUGAGUUGGAGGCUGCUUUGAGAAAUGCCAAGCAAGACAUGGCCCGGCAGCUGCGCGAGUACCAGGAGCUCAUGAACGUCAAGCUGGCCCUGGAUGUGGAGAUCGCCACCUACCGCAAACUGCUGGAGGGCGAGGAGAGCCGGCUGGAGUCUGGGAUGCAGAACAUGAGUAUCCAUACCAAGACUACCAGUGGCUACUCAGGUGGGCUGAGCCCGGCCUAUGGAAACCUCACAAGUCCUGGCCUCAACUACGGUGUCAGCUUCCAGUCCAACUUCGGCUCUGGGGGGAGUUCCGGCUCUUUCAGCCGCACCAGCUCCACCAAGACCGUGGUGGUGAAGAAGAUCGAGACUCGUGAUGGGAAGCUUGUAUCUGAGUCAUCUGAUGUCCUGCCUAAGUAAAUGGCUACCGUGGUCCCUCUUGGCCUUUCAAGCCUGUGGGAAAGGAGCUGUGCAGAGAGCCUUGAACACAGGAGACCCACCUGAAGCUCAGCCCCAGUUCUCAGCCCCAACCCUGGGUGGGGAAUCUACUGCCUGGAGGACCGCCUCUUACCCACGCCCCUAACUAAAAGCCAAAUCAAGUGUUUUUUCCAAAAUAAAGUCUCAGCUGGCUCUGCCAACCUUA